CAGAGGUCGCAGUUGGUUUUUGUAUUCGCUAUCGCAUUAAGUGACAAUUUAAUGCUCGAUUCGCGAGUGAGCAUUGGUCAGUGACUGAGAGUGGAAUGUUAUCGAAAUGCAAACGACAUUGAGUAAUAAAUGUUAACAAUUUACCGUUUCAUGCGAAGCCAACGCCAAUGCUAACAAAGACGCGCUGCCAUUUCCAGGCAUUGGCUGUGAGGCUGUAGCGCCAUCUCGCUCGCACCGGGAUACAACAUUCAAUCGAUAAGCUUAACAGAGGACUGCCAACCUAAGCAGAAGUGUGCAAUGUUAACUGAGCGGCCAUUGGGGCUAGCGACGAGUAAUCGCAUUCGCAUUCGCAGUCGCAGUGUCAGCGUUAAGACGUUCAGUUGGAAGUGUGCAAAGCGCCAUUAGAGCGCCACGAAGUGUGAGUUCUAUACAUGGUGUGUGUCCUGUGAAAUGUGAAACUCUAAAUGGGAAUGUGCAUUAACAAAUACAUACAGGGCAGCGCACAGAAACCAACACACAACUUUGCUCAGAUCAUAAAAACAAAUACGAAAACCCAGUGUAAGGCGCUCCAGCUCGAUUGCCGUUAUAUUUAGUGCUUCGUGAUAAAUGCAGCAACUGACAAUUAAUACAGGAACGGGCGAGAAAUGUGCGAGCGAGCAUUUGGCUGAGCAUUAAAACAUUGCGCAGCGGGAAAACUCAUAAAUGAAUGCUUUUAAUUGCGAAACAAUGACGCUUGCCCGCACAGAUACGAGCGGAAUAAAAGGAAUAACGCUUGCCAGAUCAGCAUCAGCAAAAACAACAACAACAACAACAACAACAGCAACAACAGCAAACACUUUGACCAGCUGCAGCAGCUGCAGUGAAAUUUGUGAAAAUCGUGAAAAUUGAGACAACAGACAAUGCUGCUGAUGCCAACGUCGUGUGGCCCCGGUCCGCCAGCGGUCGCACACGCCGUUGACCCAAGCUUAGCGGACGGGCACACACGCAAUCAACAACGUAAGCUGGCAACGACCCAGACCAGCCCAGCCAGUCCGAUAACAGCAACGGGAAUGGCAACAGCCACGGGCAUUCCCAAAUGGCUUCUAAUGCUCCUACUGCUCUUUGCCAUUGUGGCCCAAACGCCGCAGAGCCAAGUGGCCGCCGAGAAGAGCAAACACUAUUAUAUGCAAUCGCUGUGCAAGAAUCAUUUUCUGCAGCAGCUCUAUCGCAAAAUAGAUGGCGCCGUCCUCUGGUCCCAGAAUGAGCGCAACUUGGACUGCGUCAUCACGUUCCAAACCCACUCGAUAUUGCAGCGCUUCAUGCUGCGCUUCGACAUGCUCCAGCUGGACUGCAACGAUCACCUGCUUGUCUACGAUGGAGCACACGCUGUAUCGACGCCAAAGAUUGACAUCUCCUGUCGGAACACAAAGAACACUGUGAACGCGAUAUUGACGCGCACGAACUUCGUAACGCUGAAGUACGUGACCGAUGGCUGGGGAACGGAUGCGAACGGUUUCAAGUUGGUGAUAACGUCGGUGAAGGAUCCCAAGCAUACGUGCAAGGACUUCACGUGCGCCACACGCGAAUUCUGCAUAAAUCCGGAUCUGUUGUGCGAUGGCGUCAACCACUGCGGCGACAACUCCGACGAGUCCGUGCAGAACCUCUGCCAGAAUGAGACGACGAGCACCGUCUUUGGCGUGGACAUGACCUGGUUCGUGCUGAUUGUGGUCGGAGUGCUGCUGGUCCUCAGCGCGCUCAUCGUGGCCAUCGCGAUCUGCGUGUGCCGACGCCAGGACGAGAAUGCCGCCAACCAGAACACCGCCCUGCAACUGCAUCACAAUGCCGAGACGAAUGGAUCGUCGAAGCAUUUGCACUACCACGGCGUAGGCAUGGGCAUGGGCAUCGGCGGCACCCUGACGAGGGAGCACACCCAGCUGCCACCGGCGUCGGGAAACUGGCAUCACCCUGCGGGACCAUACGGGUACCACCGCAUUCCACACAGCUACUUGAAGAUGGCCACCAAAGUCCGUCCCAUUUGGUGCUUGGCAAAUUCCGUCAAUUAGGUCAAGAUCUUUCGCAAAACUCAACCGGACUCAGCCAGACGAACAUCGCCGUUGCUGGCAAUCAUCCGAAUGCCAACGCCGCUGUCGGCGCCGCUCAAAAGGACGAGUGGUUCGUUUAGGACAAUCCGAACUGAGGAGCUGUGAAAGUGAAAGACGCGAAAACAAAACCAACAAAACAUAAUUGACUUGAGCACAAUAAUCUGCACUUAAUUAAGUGAUUUCAUGGAUAUUUGCAGAGCAUUAAAUGAAGACUGUUUGACUAUACUUAACAACAA